GUGCAGAUGAGCGAACCAGUCUUCGAGUGCGACUUGACCGAAACGGAACGUGCAGCUUUUUAGUUUGGUGGCUUUGGUGGCUAGUGGCCAACAUUUCUGUUUCCGUGAUUUUUGUUUGAGGAAGAAUUUACUUGCGUUUAACAGUGACGAGCUUAUGCCGUCUGGCUGAAGUGAACUUGUGAAGCGUGCGAGAAAGUCGAACGUACGUUGCGUGAAUUCGAAAUUUGCUGAAAAAAACAAUAACAAAAAUUAUCAAACUGAAACAAAUAUUCGGCAUAAAAUUGAAGUGUGUGGAAAAUUAAAAGUUUAUUAUUUUUUGAAAAAAUUAUAUUUUUUUUUAACAAAUAAGGACUUAUUGAAGGAUUUGCAGGAUUUGACAAAAUGUGCCGCACAAAUCAUAUCGCGCGUACCAUCACAUUAGCACUACUAUUGACCACAAUUACGCUGCUUAGCUGGCAAGUUGAUGCCGCUAAGAUAACAACAACAGCAAUCAACGCCAGCGCGAACAAUACAAAUGCCAGCAAAGUUGAGCUAAGUCAUGCAACUACAGAGGCAGUUGUUGUUGUAGCUCCAGCUGCUGCUGCUGCAACUGUUGAAUCAAAGGCAAAUGAUGAGACCGAUGCAGAUAUUGACGCUGAUAACGAGGAUGCAGCGGACACUGAGACAGCUGAAGAUGAUGAAGACGACGAUGAUGUUGACGAUGAGGAGGGUGAGACAGCGCCGGCUGCUAAGAAGCCAGCGAAAAGUGAAACAGCUUUGACGGCGGCAGAGAAAAAUGAAGACGCCACCGCGUCGUACAGCGUUUGGGGUAUGGUACGCAAUGUGUGGAAUUGGAUAAGAGAUGAUUUGAGUGAAAGCCUUUUCGGCGAUGACGAUGCCGAGGCGGCGGCUGGUGCACAGAAGGCGUUGGUGCGCGAAGUGCGUGAUGUUUCCCAGGCAGCUAAGGCGGCAGUAGAGGGUCGUACUUUUGGUAAAAUCCGUCGCCUACAAAUGAUGAUAAUUCCACUCAUCUUCAAAUUCGGCAUACUCACCGCCAUGGUGGGCUUCCUCAUAAUGCUCGGCAUGAAAACAUUGUUCCUGGUGAAAUUACUUGUGCUGAUGAACGCCGCGGCCAUACUUGCCAAAUUCAUCACAUUGAAAGCUAAUUUCGGUGGUCACGAACACUCUGCGCCCCAAUGGAAUUAUCAGACUUGGACACCACAUUCAACCGGCAGUUGGGGCGCCUCAGCGCCAGCAGCCUCCUACUCACAGAGUAACGAACAACAUCCAUCGAAGGAAAUCCAUCUGCACAUACAUAACGGUCAGGUGCAGGGUUAUGGCGCUGGUGGACAUGCCGGCGGCAACGGUUGGGAGAGUCGCAGUGAUCCCUAUGGUGCUUAUGCGCCAACACCAGCCAAUGAAGGCGAUAAUGAACUCAACAAUUUAGGUCCGAUUGCUAUGUUGCCCACUAAAUAUCCCACAAAUCCCGUUUAUGGUAACCAGUAAGGAAUGUGAAUUACAAGGCUAUAGUCACUGCGUCAGGGUUUGCUCUAUAAGUAUUAGUUGUAUUAAUUUAUUAUAAAUUUUCUGUUCACUUCAUUAUUAUAAUUUUGCUGUUGUAAAUAGUCUUUAAGCCUAUUUAUAUUAUAAAUUAAAUUAAUUGU